AUGGCCACUGACCAAAUUCCCCAAAUCUUAAACCCUACUCAAUCCCAAGAAGACCCUCGCAAACGCAAAAAACGCGAUGACGACUACAAGGAUCUGGUAGCCUAUAAUGCUGAGCUCGUCUCAUAUAUGCACAAACUUGAAUUUACGCUUUUAGAAACUCAAAGAAAAUACAAAAGAACCAAAAUUCUCUUUAAAAAAUACAUACAAAAGCUCGCAAAGAACCUAGAGAAAGCAGGCUACACAGUUCCCACGCUACCUUGCAAGUUUCCUGAAGCAGAUGAGGCUGUUGACUUAGAAGGGAUUUGGAAAGAGCUUGAAGAAAAUCGCAAACUACAAGAAGAGGAGGAGAAAAAGAAAAAAGCAAGGAGAGCCAAAAAAGCUGAGGUAAAAACUGAAAAUAAAGAUAAUUAG